AUGCUACUGACAAAAAUGGACCUGUUGAACUUCCAGUAUCUGGACAAGAUGAACAACAACAUUGGCAUACUCUGCUACGAAGGAGAGGCAACCUUGCGAGGAGACCCCCGACUCCAGUGCCUGUCCCUGUCCUCGUCUUCCUCCUCAUCGUCUCCUUCGUCCUCCUCGUCGUCAUCCAUCUCUACCCACAGAACGGGCCCGCCACCCAUCAGCCCAACCAAGAGGAAGCUGAGCGGAGAGCAGGGAGACAGCGACUUGGACGACAAUGAGCACGUUGCCAAAAUGAGUCGACUUUUUGCCACGCAAUUGAAACCUCACGGAGACUAUCGCAGCAAGGACCAGAGCCGAGGUCCUAUGGAACGUGUGGUGGUACCAGGCCUCCAUGCCAACCACCUGUAUGGACACGCCCACCUCCAGCAUCAUCACCACUUGGCCAGUUUAGCCGCCAUGGACCAGCCACUGGCGCUGACCAAGAGCAACGGCUUGACGGCCCCGGUCGCCGUCCCGCAUGCACUCGGCAUCGCGGAACGCCAGCAGAAUCGUCCAUCGGUGAUCACAUGCGCUCCCGCCAACAACCGCAACUGCAACCUGUCACACUGCACGCUCUCUCACAAUGGGUGCUCGAGCCUCACUAACAACUACAGGAGAGUCCACUCCAACACUGUGUGUGACCCUGUCAUCGAGGAGCACUUCCGCCGUAGCUUGGGCAAAAACUACAAGGAACCUGAACCGGCGGCGACCGCGCAAGCCACGGCCGCCAACUCAGUGUCCAUCACGGGCUCGGUGGACGACCACUUCGCCAAGGCGUUGGGAGAGACCUGGCUGCAGAUCAAGAACAAGAGCACGCCGUCGUCUUCCGCCAGCAGCCCCGACUCGUCACCCGACAGCCGCGUCGUCAACCGCAAUCGCUCCCCUUCACUGGUCUCCUGA